GGGACCUCACUGUAAUUCGUAUAUAAACCCUCUUUCUUCUCCGCUUAGCGGUUCCUUCCAGAGAGAAAGAGAGAGAAGGGGAGCUCCAAAAAGGCGAAAGCAAUGGUGUCCGGAUCUGGAGUGUGCGCUAAGAAGGUGGUGGUGGAUGCCCGCCACCACAUGUUGGGGCGGUUGGCUUCGAUCGUGGCCAAGGAGCUGCUCAACGGCCAGAAAGUGGUGGUUGUGAGAUGCGAGGAGAUCUGCAUGUCGGGAGGACUCGUUCGACAGAAGAUGAAGUACAUGAGAUUCCUCCGCAAACGGAUGAACACUAAACCUUCUCAUGGUCCCAUCCAUUUCCGAGCUCCCGCCAAGAUCUUUUGGCGCACUGUUCGCGGAAUGAUACCUCAUAAGACUAAGCGUGGAGCGGCUGCCCUUGCUCGUUUGAAAGCUUAUGAGGGAAUUCCUUCCCCAUAUGAUAAGAUUAAGAGGAUGGUCAUCCCUGAUGCUCUUAAGGUUUUGAGGCUUCAGAAGGGACACAAGUACUGCUUGUUGGGCCGCUUGUCAUCUGAGGUUGGAUGGAACCAUUAUGACACAAUCAGGGAGCUGGAGAAGAAGAGGAAGGAAAGGGCUCAGGUUGCAUAUGAGAGGAAGAAGCAGCUGAACAAGCUUAGGGUAAAAGCCGAGAAGACUGCAGAAGAGAAACUCGGCUCUCAACUCGACAUCCUUGCCCCAGUUAAGUACUGAAUUUCUAGUGGCUAGCUAGUUUCAUACAAUUUUGUUAAAGGUUAUUGGUUUCACUAUUUAGUUCCUUUUGAGAUGUGGAGGUUAAAAUUUUUGUUGAAUCUUGGGUUGUCCCUUUUUUUUAAUGAACUUUUUGGUGUAGGAUCAUUCAAAUAUAAUUCAUAUAUGCCUUUUAUAA